UCCCCCGAUCCACCGCCCCCCCCACCACACCUCCCACCCCCCUCUCAACUCGCCAUCGCCACUACGAUGUGGAGGUAAAUAAGGUGACGAGCGAGGAGGGCAUCCGCGAUGUUGCAGUCGAACAAGAAGAAGAAGCAGCGACUCAACCGGAGCGUGAUGCUCGCCAAGAAGCUCAUCAUCAAGGACGGCGGCACGCCCCAGGGGUUUGGACAGCCGAGUGUGUACCACGCUGUCAUCGUCAUCUUCCUUGAGUUCUUCGCAUGGGGCCUCCUCACGGCCCCCACGCUCACGGUUCUUCACGAGACAUUCCCGCAGCACACAUUCCUCAUGAACGGGCUCAUACAGGGCGUGAAGGGGCUGCUGUCGUUCCUGAGCGCCCCUCUGAUAGGGGCCCUGUCGGACGUGUGGGGCCGCAAGUCCUUCCUGCUGCUCACCGUCUUCUUCACCUGCGCCCCAAUCCCUCUCAUGAGGAUUAGCCCCUGGUGGUACUUUGCCGUGAUCUCCAUCUCCGGGAUCUUCUCGGUCACCUUCUCCGUGGUGUUCGCCUACGUGGCCGACGUCACGGCCGAGCACGAGCGCAGCACCGCGUACGGCCUGGUGUCGGCGACGUUUGCGGCGAGCCUGGUGACGAGCCCGGCGAUCGGCGCGUACCUGAGCGAGGUGUACGGCGACGGGCUGGUGGUGGCGCUGGCCACCGCCGUGGCGCUGCUGGACAUCGCCUUCGUGCUCGCCGCGGUGCCCGAGUCUCUGCCCGAGAAGAUGCGGCCCGCCUCGUGGGGUGCCCCCAUCUCUUGGGAGCAGGCCGACCCCUUCGCGUCCCUGCGCAAGGUCGGCCAGGACUCGACCGUGCUGCUCAUCUGCAUCACAGUGCUGCUCUCCUACCUGCCCGAGGCCGGCCAGUACUCCAGCUUCUUCCUCUACCUGCGGCAGGUGAUGAAGUUCUCCUCCGAAAGCGUUGCCGCGUUCAUUGCCGUGCUGGGCAUCCUGUCCAUCAUCGCUCAGACGCUGGUGCUCAGCGCCCUGAUGCGCUCCAUCGGGAACAAGAACACCAUUCUGCUUGGCCUCGUCUUCCAGAUGGUGCAGCUCACGUGCUACGGCUUCGGGUCCCAGCCCUGGAUGACGUGGGCGUCCGGCGCUGUGGCCGCCAUGUCCAGCAUCACCUUCCCGGCCGUGUCGGCGCUGGUGUCGCGAAACGCCGACGCCGACCAACAAGGCGUGGUGCAGGGCAUGGUGACGGGGAUCCGGGGGCUGUGCAACGGGCUGGGCCCAGCGCUCUACGGCUUCAUCUUCUACCUCUUCCACGUGGAGCUCAACGAGGUGCCGGCGGGGGGAAACGCCGACCCCAGCAGGGCAGACGUGCCCGCCGCCACCGACAGGACCAUCAUCCCAGGCCCCCCGUUCCUGUUCGGCGCUUGCUCCGUGCUACUGGCGCUGCUGGUGGCGCUCUUCAUACCCGAGAGGCCGGCGGGAUCCGGGGCGCAGGCCGGAGGCGGCGUCGGCCACCACCGGCGCCACCACCACCACCACCACCAACAACACCACGGACUCCUGCACCACCACCACCAGCAGCAGCAGCAGCACCAGCAGCCGCAACACCAUCAGCAGCAGCAGCAGCACCACCAGCACGCGGGGGAGAUGGCGCUGGGCCACUCGGAGGAGGACACGCACUCCCCCCUGGCGACGGAGGGCGAGGAGCCGCUGCUGCAAGACAGCUCCGUGUGAACGCUGGCGCGCCGAACGCUCUUUGACCAAUGGACGGUGGGGGUUGGCGUCGCAGGGGGAUGGGGGGGGGUUGGGGGGGGGGGAGGUCAAACGGGGUCGGCAAAAUUUUCGGGAAAAAAUUCCAGCGCCGGACUUCCGUCGUCCGCGCACGCUCAAGCUGCCAUUUUCGUGCAACGGAUUGUUAUCGGAUCGUCGGAUCCACCCGUGUGGAGUUUUGAGUGUUGUUGUCCCAUCUCCGCCCCCCCCCCCCCCCCCCCCCGUAUGUGUGGUGCGUGUUCAUAGUCCUGGUUUGUUUUGGUCUCGCGCGAAUUUACAACAACAACAACAAAAAUCUCUCGUGUAGACUCGACGAAUUGGCCAAAACGUCCCGACGUAGGCCAGAGCCCCCCCCCCCCUCCCCUGUGUAAGUAAUAAUAAAAACAACACAGUCUUGAAUGUCACAGUGCGGAUUUCUGUGGUAAUUAAACGACAUAACAACAUGAAUAAAUAACGAGACUAAAAAUAUGCCAGUCUUCUUAGCAGAUCGCCAAACCAGGAGAUGUUCCGACAGUCUCCGCGCGCCCGCGCGCGUGGACCCGCUAACCUCUGGCUGGCCACCGCGGUUCUACCGUCGCUCCGAUACCACGACCACCACCACCACCACCACGGUGGUCGGCAGCGGCGGCGGCAGCAGCUAAGGCUUCUCGCGCGACGCGAGAAAUGACUGGCGCCGAGACGUGUCGAUCUUUUUUUAUUCCGCAGCCACGCUCUUGCCGUCGCGCCCGGUCGCAAAUCCCACCGUGACGGAACGUGUGACGGUGACGGUGGUGGCGGCAGCGGUGGUGAUGAUGAUGAUGGCGGCGGCGGCGGCGGCGGCCUCCUCCAAGAGAAAGGGCCGAUGCCGGCCGAUUUAACCCCCUUCGGUCGACGGAGUUUAAAAAAAAAAAAAAACGUGGCCCAGGCCCAGUGGAA